UGGAAGAUGAAAUAAUAAUAAGAUUGGAGCCCAAUUUUUAAAAUAUAUUGAAAUUUGAAUUUAAUAAAAUAUCACACAAAAAUAAUCAUUAUUCAUUAUUAUUAGGAUAGACGAAAAGAUGCGCGUCGCCAUGUCGUCUUCUUCACCACUGUCUCUUCCCUUUUCCUCAUCCACCAUUGCUCAAACUCACCACCGCAAGUACUCCGCCUCCGUACUCCCCACCGCCGCUGUACCGCCGCAGUUCACCCAGCAACAAUCAUGCACUAGUUCAGACGACUCCAGCCAUAUCGGUCAUAACUCACCUCCCAAGCCCAAAACCAUCCGCUUCCGUUUGAGCCAGCUGUGCAGAGAAGGGCAGCUCCACCUUGCCCGCCAAGUGUUCGAUGCUAUUUCCCAACCAACCAUUGUUCUCUGGAACACUCUUAUCAUUGGCUACGUUUGCAACAACGUGCCCCAUGAGGCAAUAUCUUUGUAUUCCCGCAUGUUUCGCACCAUCAAUUCCGCUGAUGACCGAAAGCCGGAUGCUUACACCUACUCCUCGGUUCUGAAGGCUUGUGCCGAGACGAAGCAGCUUUUGAUAGGUAAAGCUGUGCACUGCCAUAUUCUGCGUUCCAAUGUAUAUCCUAGCAGAAUUGUUUACAAUUCUUUGUUGAAUAUGUAUGCGACUUGUCUUUCGAGCUUGGAGAGUGAUUUGGUGAAGAGAGUGUUUUGGACUAUGCGUAAACGGAACGUGGUUUCUUGGAAUACUAUGAUUUCUUGGUACGCCAAGACGUGUAGAUUUAUGGAGGCAUUUAGACAUUUGCUGCUGAUGAUGAAAUCGGGUUUUGGACCAACUGUUGUUAGUUUCGUAAAUGUUUUUCCAGCUAUUUCUGCUUUAGAGGAUAUUGAGAUUGCUAAUAUGGUUUACGGGAUGGUAAUAAAAUUGGGAGGUGAGUAUGUUAAUGAUUUAUUCGUUGUGAGCUCUGCCAUCACCAUGUAUGCAGAUCUUGGCUGCCUUGAGUUUGCUAGGAAGAUUUUUGACAAUUGCUUGCAGAAGAAUGCACAUGUUUGGAACACUAUGAUUGGUGGUUAUAUUCAGAAUAAUUGCCCGAUUGUUGCACUUGAACUAUUUAACCAGGCAUUGGAAGAACAAGAUUAUAGUAAUAUAGAUGAUGUGACUUUUCUGUCAGCACUAACUGCAGCUUCAGAGUUACAACAGUUGGAUGUUGGCCAGCAACUACAUUCAUAUUUAAUAAAGAGUUCUUUGGUUUCUUCUGUUAUUCUGCUCAAUGCAAUCGUUGCUUUGUAUUCAAGGUGCAACUCUAUUAGAGAUUCUUUCAAGGUUUUCAGUGGAAUGCAGGAAAGAGAUGUGGUUUCCUGGAAUACCAUCAUCUGCGCUUUUGUACAGAAUGGCUUCGACGAUGAAGGGUUGAUGCUUGUGUAUGAGAUGCAAAAGCUGGGGUUUGCAAUCGAUGGCGUGACAAUAACUGCUUUACUUUCUGCGGCAUCAAAUCUUAGAAAUCACAAAAUCGGUAAAGAGACCCAUGCUUAUCUGAUCAGGCACGGAAUUCAGUUCCACGGAGUGGAGAGUUAUCUCAUAGAUAUGUAUGCAAAAUCAGGUUUAACACAAGAUGCACAAAGAAUCUUCGAUGGGAAAUGCAAAGGGAACAAUGAUCUGGCUGUAUGGAACGCAAUGAUUUCGGGAAGCACCCAAAAUGAGUUGGUCGAACAAUCCUUGAUUAUCUUUCAGCAGAUGCUGAUGGAGAAUAUCAUGCCCAAUGCUGUGACCUUAGCUUCAAUUCUUCCGGCAUGCAGUCAGUUAGGAAGUAUAGCUCUGGGAAAGCUGCUGCAUGGUUUUGCCAUUCGCAAUUUCUUUGAUGAAAAUGUCUUUGUGAGCUCGGCACUGGUUGACAUGUACUCAAAAUGCGGUGAAGUUGUUCAUGCAGAAAGAGUUUUUCUCAAAUCUGCUGAGAGAAAUUCUGUCACUUACACCAAUAUGAUAUUGGGAUAUGGUCAACAUGGAAUGGGGCAGAAAGCUAUUAGGCUAUUUCAUUCUAUGAGAGAACUUGGUGUUAACCCUGAUGCUGUUACCAUUGUAGCAGUGUUGUCUGCUUGCAGUUACUCUGGUUUGAUCAAUGAAGGCCUUGAAAUAUUUGAGUACAUGGAGAGUGAGUAUGGGAUCAAACCCUCAACAGAACAUUAUGCUUGUAUUGUGGACAUGUUAGGAAGAGUUGGGAGGGUGGUUGAAGCAUAUGAUUUUGCUCAAAAAUUGGGUAAAGAAGGUAAUGUCUCAGGAAUCUGGGGAUCGCUCCUUGCUGCCUGCAAAAUCCAUCGAAACUUUGAGUUGGGAAAAGUUGUUGCUAAUAAGCUGCUUGAUAUGGAGGGAGCAGAUAGGAUUACGGGUUAUCAUGUUCUCCUUUCUAAUAUCCAUGCAGAAGAGGGGAACUGGGAACAUGUGAAGAAUGUGAGGGAAGAAAUGCUAGAAAGAGGUCUGAUGAAGGAGGUUGGUUGCAGUUGGAUUAAUAUUUCUGGUUAUGCUAACUGUUUCGUAUCAAGAGACAAAAAGCAUCCCCUGUGUGCUGAGAUAUAUCAACUGUUGAACCAUUUGUCUGCCAACUUGAAGGAUGCUGGUUAUACACCUCCUUUUCUAUCAAAUGAAUGCUAGACUCACUGUCUCAAAGAAAGAGACCUUUUCCCUCCAGUUCCGUAGAUUAGAUGGAGUCAGCAAGUGGCAGAUGGAUAGCCAGCUAGAUCAUUCUCCUGUUAUUGCUUGAGAGGUUCCACAGACACAGGGAAUCCAACAAUACAUGACUGAUUAUUGGCACAUUGACUGGCUUGGAUUUUCUCCAUUUAGUCAUCUAUGCAACUGUUGCAUCAAUCAGAAAGGCCUAACAAGAGAUUCCAGACUCCAUCCCAGAAGCAACCGGAAUGGCCCAGCUCUUCGGGUAGGCUUUGCUGAAAUUGCACGACAUACACCACAGGUUUUGUACUAUCAUAUCUGAGAUAAGAACGAUAUUCUUCAACUCUUACGGUGAUGAAGAGUUUGAGAUAUGUGGACAGCAAUGCUGGGACGACCAAAAAUAUUAUAGACCAAACUGCGGAAGUGGAACUGCAACAACUUUACAGACUUGUCACUUGAUGCUGGGAACACCACCAGAAGGGCCGAUGAUGAGUGGGAGAGCACCUUAACUUAUGGAGUAUUCUCCGUAGUUACUGCUCAUGAUUCAGGACAAUAGGAGGCAAGCUCUCUAAUUGCGCUGUAAGUUUAUCAAAUUUAGAGUAUCCACGCACAUCAAAUGUAUAUAUAUUAAGAUAAUGCCCAUACUUGAACACCAUAGUCCACCAAACUUAAUUUCCACUUGAUGAAGCUUAUAAGCUAGCACUUGCAGACAACUACAAUCUUAAGGAUAUACUUGUAAUUUUGCAAAGGACAAUAGAUAUUUAUGUAAUUAAAUAUAAUUUUAA